GUAGCAGACGACAUUUGUUUGUGACAGUAGAUUAGAGGCACUAAACAGCUGUGGUAGAAAAGGACGAGACAAUGGAUGGAGAUUUGAUAUGCAACUUUAAAAAGUGCAGAAAACAAAUCCGAUCGUUUGCAUGGGUUACUUCGUGCUCACAUGUAUUCUGUGAUGAAGAUGGGAGUCGAGAAUUCAACAAAUCAGUUGUUUGUCCUGCUUGUGAGACUACUCUAUCAGGAAAGUGCGACAUUGUCAGAAGUAACGUGCAGCCCACAGAACAGUGGAAAUCUAUGGUGAUAGCCGGACAGAGGCCUGAAGUAAUUAUGGAGAUCUGCACCAGAGCACUCUCAUUCUGGACUUACCAAACCCACCAAGAAAUCAUCUACCAGGAAUACCAAGCGACCAAACACAGGGAAAAGUCUUCACAGCUUCAGCAAUACUAUGAACAAAUCGUGUCAAAAACUCAAACUGAGUUGACAACCUUGAAAUCCCAUUUAAAAGUGGCCAAGAAGGACCUGGACAGUAUGAAGAAGAAGCACAGUGAGUUGGCGGAGAGAUUAUCUGAGAGAAGCAGACAGUACCAGAAACUGCAGUCGUUGUACGAAUCACUCCGGCGACGGUGCAUCACACCUGCUACCUUCAACGGUUGCGGGGAUGCGUCCAUGAUUGAUCAGACAGCCAACAGAUUACAAAACUUCACCAUGAACCUUACCACUGGAGAUGUUUUGCGUGGACAGAAUAUCUCGAAUCAAGGCUCCAGGGCACCGUCACCCCCCGAAAGAGAUUUUGUGUUCCGCCCAAACAACACGCCACUGUUAGCUGAACAGAGCCGAUUCAGUUUGAUGUUGGGGACACCCAAAUAGGUUUCAUGGAGCUAGAUGGAGGCCCACGGACGAAACUAUAGGAUACGCUCUGAAAACUCUAUAAACAUUUUAAUGUGGUGUUUCAAGGUUGAAAAUACAUUCUUAUCGAAAUUUACAGGUUUUUUGCAAUAGAUUCAGCCAAACUGAAGAGUAUUAUUGUUGACGCCUAAUGACUCUCUAUUUGCACAUUUGACAACAGUUUAGCUUACAUGAUUCAGAUUCACAUGAGCUUAUGUCAUCGUCUGUUAUUCGUCUGCAAGUUUUGAUGUAAAGUGUGAUAUCCAGUAAGAAUGUAGUAUGUGCAGUGACCAUAGGAGGCAUCACCCAAAACUUCCGAAUCUGCGAACUGGACCUUGUAUUUUGGUAUUAUCUUCAGUCGAUAUUAGUCUUCGUUAUGCACUAUAGUAUCUAUAAGCUGAUCUAACUAAUUUUACUAGACUCAGACUCAGGCUUAUUUCGCAGACUGAGUUAUUCAGAGGAAUUGUACCCUGCAAUUUCUCAUUUGUCCCUAACGUAUUUCCAAUUAUCUAGCUUAUAAAUAGUUAUGUCCAGGCAUUUGAUGUGUAGUUUGGACUCCAAAGGUAGUCAUUGUUAAAUGAUUCAACUAUUUAUUAAUGAAUAUGUAAUGGUGUCAAGUGUAUAUGUCUCUGUUGAAAGAUAUGGCACAUUUUAUGCUCAUUUUCAUCUUUAAACCCUAAUGACCCUCAUAUCCCCUGAAUUUCGGUAAUUAAGCUGCAAAAACUCCUUUUAUUUAGUUACUAUAUUCCUACCAAAAUUUCAAACAUGGUCGCAGCGGCUUCAAUGUGACCAAAUAAUUUAGAAUGUAAUGUAAAUUGCUUGGCAAAAGAAAUUUAUACAAGAAGAAGAAGAAAUGUAUUCGGCAUCAAAAGGCAGCAUGGCCAAGAGUUCAAUACAUGAGAUAAACUUUUGCACGAGGAGUGUAACCCCAAAUUUCCAAACCAUAUAACAAUAUGGAAGCUAUUUUACUGUCAACUAUUAUAGAUGCUACCUUUAGAGAAAUGUUUGGAUAAUCCUUUAAUAAAGCAAUAAUA